GUCAAGCCGCGCCUUUUACGCAAGUCGUGUGCUGAAGGUCGGACUAUAAUAUACCGACUUCAUCGUAAAUUUUGGCCGAAAUCUAACCUGAUGCCAAGUCAAGAAUGACUGCUUUUCGGUCUUCCUUUUGAAAAUCUGUUCAUACUGACCACCUUAUAGUUAUUUUAACCAGGAAUGUUCAAGCGGUUAGGCCGUUGUCAUUUAAAGUCAUCUCGUACACCACCUGCAAAGGAUAAUACGAACAAUAAGACCCACUUACCGACAAAGUGUACUGCUUGGCUUUUUUCGACUAUUUCCUCUAAGAUCUCACAUAACAAUGAUGAUGGAACUGACAAAAACACAGGAACUCGUGAUAUGGACAUUUCCUACAACUUGGAAAACCAUAAUGAGGCAGUCUCUCAGUCUAACUCUCAGCAUUUUAGCAACACUUUUGAAGUCUCCGGUAACCCUUAUUGCCCUGAUCCAGAACGUAUUAAACUACCUUUUGUACAUUUUACCAAAGUAAGGAAUCAAUUUCUAGCCAUUCGUUCUCUGCCACUAUCUCCGUCAAUAAAAGAUCAGUUGAAGUCCCAUUCCUUCAAUAAUUGGCUAUAUUCGGAUUCUGAGUUGAUCAAUUUUACUAAAUUUAUGUUUUUGGAUCUAAAUCUACCGGAUUUGUGUCAUUUCUCUGUUGAUAUAUUAGAAAACUGGUUAUUUUCAGUCUAUUCACGAUACAAUAACGUACCAUUUCAUAACUUUAAACAUGCAUUCAUGGUCACACAAAUGAUGUAUUGUAUCAUAAAGACAAUAAACUUGCAACUGUACUUAUCCCCAGUGAAUCUGCUUAUUCUGUUAUUCUCUGCAGUAUCGCAUGACCUUGACCAUCCGGGCUUUACAAAUUCUUACCAGGUAAACUCUGGAUCCUGGCUUGCACUUCGCUACAAUGAUAUAUCGCCGUUAGAAAAUCAUCAUUGCGUAACAGCGUUCGAGAUUAUCUCGAACCCAACGACAAAUAUAACCAGUGGUUUAACACGGCUCGAAUCACGCCACUUCCGCAGAUCUGUGAUAAGAUGUAUUCUGAGUACAGAUAUGGCUAUUCAUGCUGAUUGUAUUUCACAAUUUCAAAAUUUACGACAACAAAUAUAUUUAAUUUCUCCCCAAUCGUCAAUACAGAACAAUGAUAAUAGUGUAAAUCAUCAUAAUGCUGCUGAUCAUCAACAUCAUUCAGUAUUUCCUUCCCCUCAGUUAGUUUCAUUUACACCUCUUCCUGUGGCUGCUCAUCCACCGUCUACUUCAUGUGGAUUAACCUCUCAUUGGGAAAAUCAAGUUAUACAGCAUAAUAAUGUUUCAGAAAGCGAACAACAAGAACAAAAACAUAUAAUGAAAGAAGAGUAUGAACAACAUAUCAAUAUUAAGGAUGAUGAUUCAUGUAUACGCUCCUUGUUAAAUGUGUUAAUUAAUGAACAACCAGAGUAUUUGUUAAGAUUUUUAAUGAUACUACUAAAAAUUUGUGAUGUGUCGAAUGAAACUCGUCCACCAUCAGUUGCUGAUGCUUGGUCGGAUUGUUUAUUCAAUGAGUUUUUUAUGCAGGCCGAUGCUGAGAAACGAUCUGGUCUUCCUGUUGCUGUCUAUAUGGAUCCAGAUUGUGUAGUAAAAUCCAGUAGUCAGCUGAAUUUUUUACACUCGGUUCUAAUUCCCUUAUUGAAAGAAUUGGUUUGUAUUUUUCGUGAAUUAGAUGUACUUUUACAGGCUGCUUUUAGUCGGGAGAAACAUUUUUCGCAGAUGAGGCAGCAUGAAUUAGCACAACAAGAAAUAAAUAGUGAUUCUCUGACGUUGACGGCUGCAAAAGUUUCAAUGACACCAGUUAUUCCUGAUUCUUUGACGGAUAACAUAAUAUCAGGUUGCAUACAGACUAAUUCUGAAGCCGAUCAUCCAUGUUCCGCGCAAUCACUCCUCUGUUCUGACGAGAUACUGUCGAAAUCAAAUGAAUACCCAGAACAAAAAGAGCAAUAUGGAUCUACAAUUGUUCAUACCGAUCAUUCUUAUCAUUCAUCGAAUACCCUGUGCUGUGCAUCUUCACCUGUCAGAUGCCAACAGCCUCAAACUGCACGUUAUGCAACUGUUGAGUCUCAUGAUAGUCCAAGAAAUGUUCCAACUGCAAACCAGUCAUCGCCGUCAUCAAUUCCAUCAGUGAUAAAACACAAUGAACAGCAACAAAAACGAAGAGAUUUUCUACUCUAAGUGUUAAUAAUAUCCAUUGUUAUCUGCAUAUAUACUUCUGUUUAGAAAAGAGAAUGGAAAGAUUGCACAAAGGGAAUACUAUCAAUAUUAUCGAGAAUACUAUGUUAUUGGAAUAAUAAUAGGCGUUUCCUGUUUAUUACUGUUGCAUUCUCACUUUCUGCGAAGUUCGCUCAUGCUUAUACCUCAUGUUUGCGUGUAUAUUCGCCUGGGUGUUUUGUUAAAAUUUACGGUCAUACUAAGAGAUUCCAUUGAAGAAGAAGAAACAACAGAAAAGAGAUAAUUUUUUCUGAUAACCCAUUGUUUUUCUUUAUUGAUUUUGCAAAAAUCUCUUUAAUUUAUUUGUUUAAGUAACCCCUUUGGUGUGUUUAGCCUUCCUGUGAUUGUAUUUACUUGUGUUUACUCACUACGUGCCAAGAUUCAGUGGAAUAGAUAUUGAAUAAAUCAAGAAUAAACGCGAUAAUGUAGUCUGUUUAUGAGUCGAAAGUUUAACUGGUUUAACCAAUCUUCAUCUCGUAUGUUUGUAUUUUCAUUGUAAUCUUUCUUGCUCUUCUUUUUUGACUGUGGAGAUGACCUGUCUGACAUUUUCAGGGAAUUGAAGUUGUGUUGGUGUUACUCUGAUAAUUGUAUAUCUGAGUACGUUAAAGAUGGUUAAAGUUGAAUUUUCCCUGAGCAUUAGGAUGAAAGGAGAUGAGCAAGGAUAGAAAGCUUUUUGUAUUUUAUCAGGUUAUUAUUAUUACUAUUAUUGUUAUUACUGUGGUUCCGUUGCUGUUCCUUUGACAUUCUACCUGUUUAUAUGUGUGUAUCUAUGUAUGUUUGUUCCUCUUUACUCUAACUGUAAACUCACUUGUGUGCUGUAUAUACGCAUAUUGACACUAUGCACUUUUAUUUAACAUUAUUUUAUACUCUUUUACAUAUAUUUUAAUCAACCGAUGGGCUUUCAGUUAUAUCUUUUUAAAUAAAAAAUACAGUGAUCACAGUAAUAAAAAUUGUAAUCAUAACUAAAAUAAUGAUACAGCUGAUGUGAAGAAAUGAUUGGAGAAAAAUAGAAAGACAAAAGACUCUUCAUUUGUUUCUUUGUUGUUUUCUGUUCAUUUUUAUUAAAGAUAAAAAUAAAGAAAUAAUAUAUCCUUAUCCUGUUUUCAG